UAUCUACUAAAAAUCAACUUCACAAGAAAUCCUUGUGCAGAUUCGAUUACAGGUAACGUCUAUCAAUUACUUUGAAUCAGUCAACUCGUAAAUCCCUUGUUUCCUGUAAUUUUCCGAAUUGGGUCUUCUCUUAAUUUAUCAUUUCUCGCCGGAAAAACUCUCAGAAUUUCCUUGUAUUUCACGGCGAAGCUAUAGUCCUCUUGAAAGCGACCGUCUCUGAUUAUAUAUUAGUUUAUUAGUUUUGCAGGCGAUUGUUUUGUUUAUCUUGUUUUGGGUUUGGUUGUCUUGGAUGGGAGGAGGUAGCUCAAAAGAGUCGAAUAGAGGUGAAAGUAGUCGAAGGUAUGAACGUAGUGUGUCUGGGAGCUCGUCUUAUUCGUCUGCUUGGGACCAGAGCAGCUAUUAUCAGACACCAAACCAUCCAUCUGCGUCUCCUGUUUCCUCCUACAAUUCUGGGAGACAAACACCGAAGAAUCUUGAGAGGAAGUAUUCACGGAUUGCUGAUAACUACCGUUCCAUCGAUGAGGUUACCGCUGCUCUUUCGCAUGCCGGUUUGGAGUCCUCGAAUCUCAUUGUUGGUAUAGAUGUCACAAAGAGCAAUGAGUGGACAGGGGCGAGAUCAUUUGGUAGGAAGAGUCUGCAUUACAUUGGAACAACUCCAAACCCUUACCAGCAAGCUAUUUCCAUCAUUGGAAAGACUUUGUCAGUUUUUGAUGAGGAUAAUUUGAUCCCCUGUUAUGGAUUCGGAGAUGCUACAACCCAUGAUCAGGAUGUCUUCAGUUUCAAUCCCAAUGAUACAUUUUGUAACGGGUUUGAAGAAGUUCUCAUGUGUUACAGAGAGAUUGUUCCUCAGCUCCGUCUUUCAGGUCCGACAUCUUUUGCACCCAUCAUUGAAAGGGCCAUGACAAUUGUGGAAGAAAGUGGUGGCCAGUACCAUGUUCUUCUCAUCAUCGCUGACGGACAGGUGACAAGAAGUGUUGAUACAGAUAACGGCGGAUUUAGUCCACAAGAGCAGCAGACUAUUGAUGCCAUUGUUAGAGCAAGUGAAUAUCCUUUGUCUAUAGUUCUUGUUGGUGUUGGAGAUGGCCCCUGGGACACAAUGAGACAAUUUGAUGACAACAUCCCCGCUCGUGCCUUUGACAAUUUCCAGUUUGUGAAUUUCACGGAUAUAAUGUCAAAGAACAUUGAUCCAGCAAGAAAAGAGGCAGAAUUCGCGCUUUCCGCCUUGAUGGAGAUCCCGUCUCAGUAUAAAGCCACCCUCGAGCUAGGCUUACUUGGACAAAGAACUGGACAUUGUCCAAACAGGAUUGCGCUUCCACCACCAACUUAUGCUACUCAAUCUAUGCGCAACAGCCCAAGAACUUCCCGAUCAACCAGCUUUCAAAACAGACCAUAUGAUAGUGGUGUUUCCUCUACACCACCUUCAACUACUCGUAACGAGGGCCAGCAACAGUUUUGCCCCGUAUGUCUAGUGAGUCCAAAGAACUUGGCUUUCAACUGUGGUCAUCAGACUUGCUCAGAAUGUGGGGAGGACCUCGAUAUUUGCCCCAUUUGCCGGAGCUCAAUCUCGUCAGAUUGCUCAACAAUCUUCAGUUUCAGGGACCCUACUAAUAAUUUUAUCACGCAAACCAAAGAGACAAACCCUCUUUUGUGUUUAGUAAGUACAAAUUCAACGUACAGUGUUUUUAGCACAAUAACCAUUACCAUGAAUUUCCGAAGCGACAUCUCUGCUCUGAAUGAAGACAUCAUAGUUGAGCAGCUACUUCGUAGCCAUGAUCCUGACGGUCGCUGGCUUGAUUCUGAAAUGCUGCUUCAAGAAGUCGAAACUAUCUUAAGCUUUGUUCUGCAAAAUGAUGUAUCAAUGCCGCUUAUGACAGAGAACUGUAUUACCAACAUUGUAGUUUCUGAAUCGACGGAAACACUACCAUACGCUAUCUCCAGAAUCUCUGUUCAGAUGCUUUGUCCAUGCAUUGGGGAAAGUGAUAUCCGGACAAGAACAAUGGUUUUGUUUGAUCUUCUGAAAGAAUACAGAUGGGAUGCAAAAGCUGUGUUAGUACUAGGAGUCCUUGCUGCAACAUAUGGAGGAAUAUUGCUACCAGUUCAUCUAGCCUUGAGUGAUCCCGUUGCAGCAUCAAUUGCAACACUCAACCAGCUGCCUAUCGAGAGAACCAAGUUCAGACCAUGGUUAGAGUCUCUAAGCUUGCUCGUGAAAGCCAUGGUGGUUGUAACCAAAUGCAUCAUUAGAUUUGAAAGACUUCCAAUUAAACAAGCGAAGCUAGACAACAACAUUGUGGGAGAAACCAUGUCUAGCAUCUAUAUGGCUACUUAUCGGGUUGUCAAAAGUUCACUUGCAUGCCUGCAGCAUAUCCCUUAUUUCAAGCAAACCCAACAGAUAUCUAUAACUGAGCUACAAGAAAAGGUAAUACUGCUGCUAUUAUCAAAGCCACCCGUAGAGCCACUCUUCUUCCUGCUUCAACAAUUAUACGAUCAUCCAUCCAACACCAACACAGAACAAAACUACGAAAUCCUAUGGGUUCCAAUACCAUCAUCCCAAAAAUGGACAGACGAAGAGAAAGAAAUCUUCGAUUUCUACUCCAAUUCCCUACCAUGGAUCUCAGUAAGACAACCAUGGUUGAUGAGCUCCACAAUACUCAACUUUUUCAAACAAGAAUGGCAUUAUGGAGAUGACGAAGCAAUGGUGGUGGUGAUCGAUUCUAACGGGAGGUUCGUGAACAUGAAUGCCAUGGAUAUGGUGUUGAUAUGGGGUGUUAAAGCAUAUCCAUUCUCAGUUCCCAGAGAAAAUGAGCUUUGGGAAGAACAUGGAUGGUCUAUGCAGCUCUUGCUUGAUGGAAUUCAUCCUUCAUUUGAAACCUGGGUUAAAGAAGGAAGAGAAAUCUGCAUAUUCGGAAGCGAGAAUUUGGAUUGGGUUGAUGAAUUUGUGUCACUAGCAAGAAAAAUUCAAAAUCUAGGGUUCCAAUUAGAGCUGAUUUACCUUAGUAAUCAAAGGAGAAGAGACGAGCGUACAAAAGCCAUGGAAGAGAGCUCAAUCUUGUUCAGUCCUACAUUGCAACAACUCUUCUGGCUCCGAUUAGAAAGUAUCGAAAGAUCAAAACUCAAGCGAAUUGAGUCAUCGAAACCUGAUCGUGUUUUUGAAGAAGUUACGAAAUUUCUCGACUUCGAUUACGGUAAACACAAAGGUUGGGGUGUUAUUGGAAAAGGAUCAACGGCGGAGACUGUUGAUGGAGAGGAGAUGACGGAGAGGAUGAGGAAGAUUGUGCGGUGGGGAGAGUAUGCGAGGGGGUUGGGUUUUACGGAGGCGAUUGAGAUUGCGGCGGAGAAGCCGUGUGAAUUGAGUCACACGGUGGUUGUUCCGUUUGAAGAAGCGUUGACGAGGAGAGUUGUCACGUGCGAGAAAUGUAAGUGGCCAAUGAAGAGGUUUGUUGCGUAUCAGUAACUCACAGCUUCGUUACUCUAAUAUUACCUCCGUAAUAAUAUGUUUUUCUUUUAAUUAUGUUGUUGGUUUUCGGAUAAUCCAGGUUUAAUUUCAAGUUUUCAACAUCCUCUGAUAAAUUGAAACAAAAUUU